AUGUAUUGGCGCCUAGGAUUUGGCGCUAACAAGGAGAUUGAUCAGUUAUUAGAUAAGGAGAACGUUGAAUUGGAAGAGAUCCUACAAGAAGAUUCUAUCAUACAUGAAUCAAAAUCUCACAACUAUAGACUACUCGAGUUCCUCGUCUUACCGCAGAAUUUGAGAAAGUUAUUAGGCUAUUCUAAUGGUAAAAUAAAUGUAGUCGACGAUCAGUAUAAGCUCAGAUUUCCUUACGUCGCGACUGAGAUCCUGUCAAGUGAUAUUCCAGCCAUCCAUGAGGCUCUUGUUGAUAAAGAAAAGCGUUCAGACUACUUACAGCCAUUCUGGGAUUUCAUUAUCAAUAAAUCAACCGAAGACUUAUCCCAAUUGAACCCAUUUGUAGGUUAUUGGGGAAGGAUCGUUGCUCGACUAUUAGAUAAGAAAUCCGACGAGAUGCUAGAUUUCUUGAAAUCACAGAAUGAUCCUAUCACAUCAUUCCUUAAACACAUAGAAACUCCAGUCAUAGGUGAUUUAUUAUUCAGAUUAAUAGUUUCAGAUCAACAAGAUAGCUCAGUUGUUGAUUUCUUUACAGAAUCUGAUUUUAUACCAAAAUUAUCAAACAUUUUAUCGCCCUCUUUCUCAAAUGACGCUCAUUUAGCAGUUGCAGACUUACUUAAAACAGUUAUUACUUUUAGUGCACCUUCUCCUCCAACCGCAAACCCUGAUAAUCAAAUUUACAUUUCAAAUAACUUUGCAAGGCAACUGGGUUCCGAAAAUGUUAUCGAAAAGCUCAUCAGUUACAUUCUAGAUGACAUUCCAAUUGACAAAUCAUUGAAAGAUGGUGAUAUUUCCACCAACCAUCUACCAGACGUUGAAAAUAACGACAAAAUUGCAUCAGUUACUUCUUCUUUAAUAUCUAUAUUAUCAGUUUACAUAGAAUUGAUCAGAAAGAAUAAUGCAGACUUUAGUGAACCUCAUUUAUUCCAUACUUUGAGAAAUAAGCUCAUAAACAUCCAACAAUCUCAACAAGACGAUAUACUUAAUAGCGAAAACUUAGAUGAAAGUGAUGAACAGAAGGAAGAAGAAAACAAGCUUCACUUGGAAGAAGCUAUGAAUAAAAUGUCACAAUCUAUUGGUAUCGUACAUCUAGGUUCAAUUUUGAAAUCCUUCACGAAACGAUUGGGAGAUUUCCAAACCUUGUUAGCAUUUCCACGUAGCUAUAAAGGUCCAAUACAGUCAUCAAUGGGACCUAUAAAACCACUCACUUUUGAAAGAUUUAGAAUUUGUGAAUUAUACGCAGAAUUAUUGCAUUGCUCAAAUAUGGGGAUUUUCAAUAGAAAUACAACUGUUGGACCGUAUUAUGACAACUAUGGACGGUUGAUUGGGGGUCUUGAUGCUUUGACGCAAUUAGCUAGGGCUUUAUCAGAUAGCGAAGAAAUGGAAGACAUACCUGUGAAUUCACCUGAAGAUCAUAUUGAACCUCAGCAAGAGCAACUACCUCAGUCAAUGUCUAAUUUAUCACUCAAGGUUGAUGAAUUAACAUUAGGAGACUCACUAAAGAAAGCAAUGAUUGACAAUGGCAUACUUAAAACACUCGUAGACCUCUUUUUUGAUUACCCUUCAAAUCCAUUCUUGCAUAAUGUCGUAUAUGACGUGAUAUUACAAAUAUUAAAUGGACAAAUGGAUCGAGGAUUGAGUUUCGAUUUAGCAUUAUCUCUAUUUAAUGAUGCAAACUUAAUUCAGAAGUUAUUAGAUGGUCAUGAUAAAAUCAAACAAUCUGAAAUAAACAAAACUAUAAAACCUGGUUAUUCGGGACACGUGAUGCUCAUAGCGGAUGAAUGUGUGAAAGCACUAGAGAAGUAUGACAACCUUCAUCAACAUGUAAAGAAUAAAAUACCUGAUGAGUGGAAUGAAUUUGUACAGGGGCCUUUGAAGACGACACAAGGAAUUGAAAAAGAACCACUUGGUGGAAUAAAACCACAACAAAGUCAAUAUGGUCACUUUGGUAAAGUUGAAGGAGAUCAAGAUGAUAGUGAUAGUGAUGACGAUAUUGGAUUCAUGAGUUCAGGAUUUGGAAGCACCUAUAGAAGUCUGUCUGGACAGUCUCAUACCAACAUUAACUUUGAUGAGGAUGAGGAUGAGGAUGAUUCUUUCUUCAACUCGUUUAGCUUUAAGAGUGCAUCAUUCGGACAACCAUCAUUCGAUGAGGAUGAAAUUGGCGACGAUAGUCAAUUAUCAAAGUAUAUGAACAGAUCAAGCUUAGAUGAUGAUUCAUCAAACGAUGAAGACGAUUUUGGUGAUUUUGCAUCAGCAAGUAGUUAUCAACACUUCAACGAUGAUGGUAAAGAAGAAAUUGAUCCGUUCGGCGUAUCGAAAGCUGGUAGCAACACUGAAAAUCAAUUCUUGGAUAACUUUACACCAAAGUUAACGAAUCAAAAUCUUACACCUGCAGAUUGGUGUAGAGAGUUCAAAGAUAGCGUUGACGAUGAAUCCACAAUAACAAUACCAACUUUAGAUGAAGGUGACAGUGAAAUUAAUGAUGCAAUUAAAGGAUUGAAAAUUGAUGGUGUCUCAGAUGAAAGAAAUGCAGCUGAUGAAUUGAACUUCGACAAGAGUGCUCCUUUAGGGCCUGGAUUAAAUGGUCCUGCGGAGAUCACUGAUGGAAGCGUCAAAAGAGAAGUUGAAGGUUCUAUUAUGGAGGCACCCAAGGAUGAUCUAGUGUUACUUGCAGAAGAGAAAGCUAAAAGUGAAUAUUAGAAUAAUGUAAUUG